AUGUUUCUCCUGUUUAAAAUAUGGUGUAACAUUAUACUGCUGUCACAACAGACACACAGAAAUUGAAAUGAAAGAUACAGUGGCUAUGACUCAAUUGCUAUCCCCAAUUUGUCCACACCAGGACAGGAUGAUACUGUGUGUAUGUGGAUCUAAAUAAGUGUGACCGAAUGGUAGACAUCAUGGCAACCUCUCAGGGGCAGAGCCAGGUGUCCGAGGCUCUGAAACAGUAUGUUCAGCGGGACCUAAAGGACAAGCAGAUUCUGGUGGUUCCUGAGGGCAAAUACAAAGGCUGGGUUCCCCGAAGCAUCUACAGUCUAGAUUUGGAUGAAGUCUAUCUUCCUUUUCUCCGACUUCAGUCCUUUCCUGUAGGUGGGACUUCUCUUGGAACUUUAACUAAAAUGAAAGUGUUUGAAGCUGUAGGAAAUUAUCUGUUCAAGCUUCCAUCAGCAUUUGGGAACUGUAAAGAUUUAAAAACAUUAAACCUGAGUUUUAAUUACUUCAACCGUCUGUCUCCAUCUGUUUUCAAGCUAGAAAAUUUGACGGAGUUGGAUGUUAGUAACAAUGAACUUACAGAGUUAUCAUCUGAUGUCGGCCAAAUGAAGAAUCUGAAGGCUUUGAACCUUAGUGGGAAUAUGCUGUCAGGAGUACCUGAUGAGUUGUCUAAAUGCAAAGCCUUGGAGAAUGUUAAUCUCUCCAGAAAAUGGUACCCUCGGGAUGGUGGAAUGACAGAGCUACCAAGUGCAGCUUGCAGCCUGCCAGAAUUACGACAGCUUGAUGUCAGUUGGCACCAAAUUCAUACCAUCCCAGAUAAUGUGGGCUCUCUCACCAAGCUGCAAUAUCUUAACUUGAAAGGUAACUUCUUAAAAAAUGUAUCGGAAAACAUCACACAAUGUGUUCGCCUACAAGUGUUAGAUUUAUCUGGAGCUAUGAAACUCAAUUCUGUGAUUCCCGAGCAGAUCCUUAUGCUCUCUGAACUUAAAGUGCUUAAUUUAAGUGGGAACUACUUCACUGAACUACCUAAGGAAGUGGCUGGCCUGAAAAAGCUGGAAAAAUUUGUGAUGAGAAGAAAUGCAUUACUACGACUCCCUGAUUCUAUUUUUGAUCUGGAAUUCUUAGAAACUCUUGAACUCAGUGACAACUAUUUAUAUGAAAUCCCCCCAGCUGUUCAAAAUUUGAAAAACAUUCGUUAUAUUGAUUUACAAGGGAACAAACUGACUGGUUUACCAGAUGAACUUGGCAGAUGUUUCAGUCUAGUCCAUUUGUCUUUAGCAUGUAACGAAUUAACUAGUGUGCCAGAUUCCAUAUGCAGGCUUUUAAAAUUACAAGAGUUGAGUUUAGAUCACAACCAAUUGAAGGAACUACCAAUGUUGUUGGAUAAACUAGCUCUCCUGGAAAAAUCAGGACGUCUUAGUGUUUAUGACAAUUAUCUUUCAAAACCACCACAAGAGAUUUGCAAUCAAGGAGUUGUCUCCCUUUUCCGCUUUUUGAAGGAGAUGAGAAUCAGUGAGGCAAAACACCGUCGUAAAAUGAUUCUGAUUGGAGCAGCAAAGGCUGGAAAGACAAGUCUGAGAAAUGCGUUGAUGCUAGGUCACUCCAAACUUGCUGCUGAGCAUGAAAGGACCUGGGUUUUAGAACGCCAUCUGUGGGAGCCUGAACCUAGUCUGCGUGUACAGAUCUUGGACUUUGGCGGUCAUCACAUAUAUUCUGCUGCUCAUCACAUGUUUUUGACUCCAGAAGCCCUGCAUCUGGUGGUGUUUGACCUAGCUAAGUAUGAGGAGGACAAAUAUGAUACCAUGGUAGGUGAUUGGAUUGAUGCAAUCGCUGAUCGUGCCCCAGGGGCCCACAUCAUGGUGGUGGGUACACAUGCAGAUCUUUGUGCCAAUGAAGAGGUGAAAUCACGAAUUAAUCACAUUAUACAGAAGAUGAGCGCUGAUGAGAAGGCAAAAAUUGAUGAUCUCAAGUUGUCUCUAGAGAAAGCUAAAACAGAACUUAUGAAUCUGACUGGCAAGGAAAGCAACACUAAAUUUGAGGAUAUCGAUGCUCAGAGGAAGCGGGACAAAGUCAGUGGUCUGCAGCGUGUAUUAAAUAUGCGUGUGACCUUAGCCAGUAGAGUGGAGGUCGUCAGUUGUGCUGACACACUUGAUGGCGUGGAUAAUCUGCGUGCAUUGCUGCAACAGAAACUCAAAGAGACGGAUGAGAAACCCCUCCCGAAGUCCUGGUACAAAUACCUGCUUGGUAUUCAAAAGAAAAAGCAAAAAAUCCUGCACUGGCAGCAGGCUUUGAGUAUAUUUAAGGAUAUCAUGGACACUAUGAACCAGUCAAUGAUCUCCUUAGAGGGCUCAGCAGAGUCCAGUUUAGAUAUGGUAUUGCGAUACCUCCAUUCAACUGGCGAAAUUGUCUGGUACCACGAUAAUCCUCGUUUACGUAGUAUUAUCUUUCAUCGACCAGAAACUCUAGUGGAAAUGUUGAGGGCAAUAUUCCGGCAUGACUUUGAGAAGGUCGUCCAAUUUAAUGAUACUUAUGGGCGAUUAGCAAACUUAAGUCUACACAAGUUUGAAGAAAUGAAGGUAGACUUUUUGGAACAAGGUCUGAUGACAGUGGAACUAUUACACUACUGCUUGUUACACUUCCAGCUUACCACAGAUGCACGUGACAUGUUCAUCGACUUGAUGCUCAAGUUUGACCUGUGUUAUGAGGUACCAAAACUUGCUGGAGCACCUAUGACCUUUGCAUCCAGCAGGAUCCUCCGUUUCCCAUGGUUCCUCAAGAGUGAAGUGCCAACUAAUUUCACUACGCAGUGGCCAUUAGCAAUUCCGUCGGACAUAAUUCAACUCUGUUAUCGUCUCCAGUUUAAGAAGAGACUUCCACCAAAUUUAUUUGAGAAAUUCUCCGCUCGUCUUCAGACUCACAUCAUGACUCGACAUGACUGGAAAAAUGGUGUGUUAGCCAAACGAAACCGCACAAAAUUGCUUGUUACCAGGGAGGCUGUGGAUGUGUCGUCUGGUGGUCGUGUGGAUGUGUCAGUGUCUGUACGCGGAAGUGACCUACAGGAGCUGUGGUUAGUCAUGCUUGGUACCUAUGGUGACAUGAUCACGUUGCUGCAAGAAUGGCCCUUCACUCGGUACGAGCAGUGGCUAUUGUGUUCACACUGCCUGAUCAUGGGUGAUGAUGAGCCAUUCCUCUACCCUGGCGAGGUGCUUCAGACUUUAUGUCCUCGUGGCCACUAUCAGUUAACAUCUUGUAGAAAGGCCAAAGACGUACCUAUUCCUGCCUGUUUCCUGUUUCCACUUGAUCCUGAGUAUCAAGAAGACAUUGCGGAGCACAUCAAGGUGGUGAAAGAGUUUCUACUCUCUACCUAUGAUACUGUUGAUGGAGGAGGCAACUACAUACAAAGGUUACUGUCAAACCUCGGCCUUAGCUACAUCGCAGCCCGUUGUGGUGCUGAAUGGUCGUUGAUGGCCUUAGCAUUGGGACUUACCCAGCCAGAAAUAGAACAGAUUCAGCUGGACAAUCCCUACCAGACAGUCAAACAGAUCACCACUGCACUGGUUCGUUGGCGGGAUCGACGCCACAACACGACAGAGGAUGCCGUUCUCAGUGACUUGCUAACUGCAUUGCAAACAGCUGGUAGACAGGAUUUGGUAGAUGACCUGGAGGAAAAGUUCCAUAUACAGGUGAACAUUUAGUGGGACAGCACUACCUCAUACUCAGUCAGCCUUCAGCAAUGUUUUCUUAAAUGUGACCAAGAAAUUUUAAAGAUUUGCUGAAUAACAUCAUAUUACCCCUGGGAAUCGGAUGGCUUCUGAGAAGAGAUAUCUCAUCCCAGAAAAGAACAUUAAGAAAACUAUUGUUAGGAAGCUUUCACCAUUAAGAAAACUCUUGUGAGGAGUCUUUCACCACUAAGAAAACUCUUGUGAGGAGUCUUUCACCAGUAAGAAAACUCUUGUGAGGAGUCUUUCACCAGGUAAAAAACUCUUGUGAGGAGUCUUUCACCACUAAGAAAACUCUUGUGAGGAGUCUUUCACCACUAAGAAAACUCUUGUGAGGAGUCUUUCACCAGGUAAAAAACUCUUGUGAGGAGUCUUUCACCAGGUAAAAAACUCUUGUGAGUAGUCUUUCACCAGGUAAAAAACUCUUGUGAGGAGUCUUUCACCAGUAAGAUAACUUUUGUGAAGAGUCUUUCACCAGUAAGAUAACUUUUGUGAGGAAGCUUUCACCAGUGAACAUUUCUUAAAAAAUGAAGCAGUAGUGGAUUAAUGCAUUUAUUUCUGGCCAGUGGAUUGCUGUUUCAUAUUCAUACCGAUAUGUGUUGGAUUUUUUGUUUUUCUGAAUUGAUUGUCGUCAGAAAUUAGAAUUGUUCAAUUACAUAAUAUGUAAGUGUAGACUACAGAAGACUGAAUACUCUGGGCUAAUCCAGUCCACCCUAGGACUCCAGAUUUUGUUUAGGACUGUCCAGUAAAACAUCUAUGCUACCCCAGGGUUUCAGGUUUUGUUAAGGAUUAUACCAGUAAAACAUCUAUGCCACCCUGGGACUUCCAGGAUUUGUUGAAGGCUGUUUCAGUUAAUGAUCCAUCCCACCCCAGGACUUAAAGAUUUUUGUUUAGGUAAACAUUUUUGUUUAGGUAAGCCAUCCAUAGAAUUUCAUUGGUAAUUUACUGAGAGGUGAGAGGAAAGAAACUGAACAUACGACAUAAGUGAUUGAUUUUGGAGUCUUGGAUCAAAUAGAUUCAUUCCUUGAAUAGCCCAAAUCAUUACAGAAUUUGAUGGCCCAAUAAACACAAAGUUGUUACAAUUUUUACAAAAAUAAAAGAAAAAAUAUUUAAAGCUGCAGAUGUUAUACAUAAAGUGAAGAUAUAUCCUAUAAUAUAUUAAAUUUCAAAAUACCUUGUGAGUGUUUCUUGAAAUGAUUUAAUUUCAUGAACUUUGAGAAAGGAAUUAUUACUGAUGCAACAUGAUAUUGACUUCACAGAUUCCUAUUUGAUCACAUGAUUUGCUAAUUGAACUAUGUUAUAUAACCGAUUGUGAUGUCAGGACAUUGAUUGUAAAUCACUACACAUUAGAAUGAAACAAUGUUCUAGAACCAGGAUCAUAUCAAAACCAACAUUGAAAAUGUAUCCUAUGAAAUACAACCAGAAUUUGUAAAAAGCAUUGAAUCAUGUGAUAAAAUGGAUCUUGGAUUGUUUCCAUUUCAUAUGUGAUUUAUGAAAGAGAAAGCUUGUCUUUUUCUGCUCCUCAUUUAUGAGUAACUGUUAGUCAGUGCUGUUUUCCUCAGCAUCAGAAUCGGCAUCCCAUCCCAAGACAUUUAGAGUUCCAGCGAAACCGUUUGAAAGGCUUUGAGCUUUAUCAUAUUUUGGACAAACUCUUUUUGUAUCAAAACACAUUUUUAUGUUUAUGGGGUAUGAAAAGCAGCUUUAAAUUUUUUUUUUUCUUUUUUGCCCCCCCCUUUUUUUUUUAGGUGAUGUUUACAAUGCAGAAUUUAGUGUUGUGAAAGUCUAUAUACAAUUCUAAGUCCCCUUAUACUUUGCAGGUAUAGUACUUAAGCAUUUUGCAAUGUUUGUAACUAGUAAGCUUGGCCAUCAGAUAUAUAAGCAUUUGUCAGUUAGAUUUGUUUCAUUAUUUAUAUCAUAUGAAAUGGAAGCAAUUUAAUAUCUAGAUGAUAAACAAUCACAAAAUUUGGCUGGUGUUUUAGGGAGUUCCAUUUCUUGUGGCAACUAUAAUUGUAAGUGCUGAAAUACUAUCGUUAAAAAUCAAUUAUUGUGACGAACUGUUAAAUGUCCUAAAAUAUAUCAUGUGACCAGUAUCAGUAAGGCUACAUGUUAAAUGUAUUUCUCAUGCAGUAAGUGUAAACUUCUCCUUAUGCAUGAGGAUGUUUGUAUGUAUAUUAUUACGUGAACUUGAGAAGAUAAGACUUCUCAUUGUUGAAUUUUCAGUAUUGCUGCUGUACGUAUUAUAUUAUAGUAGAUUUACUCUUAAGAUUUUCAGAGAUAAAAACCCUUUACAAAAAACCUGUACUUUAGUAUGCAUCCUAAUAUGAAUUUAUGUUCUAAAUAUAUAUAUUGUA